UCAACUGUCCCCAUCAGAGUGCCCUCUUACAUCAACUGUCCCCAUCAGAGUGCCCCCUUACAUCAACUGUCCCCAUCAGAGUGCCCUCUUACAUCAACUGUCCCCAUCAGAGUGCCCUUUACAUCAACUGUCCCCAUAAGAGUGCCCCCUUACAUCAACUGUCCCCAUCAAAGUGCCCCCUUACAUCAACUGUCCCCAUCAGAGUGCCCUCUUACAUCAACUGUCCCCAUCAGAGUGCCCUUUACAUCAACUGUCCCCAUCAGAGUGCCCUCUUAUAUCAACUGUCCCCCUCAGAGUGCCCUCUUACAUCAACUGUCCCCAUCAGAGUGCCCUCUUACAUCAACUGCCCCCCUUAAGAGUGCCCUCUUACAUCAACUGUCCCCAUCAGAGUGCCCUCUUACAUCAACUGUCCCCAUCAGAUUGCCCCCUUACAUCAAUUGCCCCCUUCAGAGUGCCCUCUUAUAUCAACUGUCCCCAUCAAGUCUCAUGGAUUUGUGAAUUCACACUCUCAGAGGUUUG